UUUGGUUGGUGUCUCACUCGGUACUCGCCUAUCCUGGUCUGGUGGUGUCGUCGCUCCGACAUCCGAAUGAUGGCCGCCAUUUGCGCUACCUAGUCUUCGCUCACAACAAGGCGCCUCACAAAGAGGCUGCGUCUGCGUGGUAAUAAUGAUAUCAUCAAUCUCUCUCGUCGGCCAAGGUUUUGUAGCAUUUGGUCUGGUUCGCCAAACCGGCACCGGAUCUUCAUCGGAUCCCAAGGCUCUCCUUGCGUAGACGGUAGAUCCCUCAUCCUUCACUUCUUGGAAAAAGUGCGGUAGAUAAUAAAAAAGAAAUAAAAAAGCCAAAGCCAAAGCCAAAGCAAGAUAGUCAGUCAUCCUCAAUCAGCGCAUCCAUCCAUUGCUCAUAAUUCGAUGCUUCUUGUUGUUGCUGCUGCUGCUGCUGCUGCUGUUGCGGAGGAGGAGGCGGCGGCGGCUGGCGGAGUAGUAUAAUGGCAUCGAUCCGCCGCACGCUGUCCCCUGCCAACCAUGAGCGGCGCGUCCAGAUCCAGAGGUCCUCGCCGCCCAACCUCUCCUCUUCUUCUCCUUCGCCUUCCCCACACCUCUUCCACCGCAUCCUCAAUGACGGGUUCUCUCUCCCUCACAAGCAGCAGCCCCGCAAGUGGGCUCAGCAGCAACUCGCCUGGAAGAGAUCCAUCCUACGCUUCCUACUCUUCUUCAUCGCUGGUUUCCUGCUUGGUUUUUCCCCCUUCUCCGGUAUUCACGAUCACGAUCACGAUCACGGUCUGAGUCUCCAAGACUUCUCCUUUGACGUUAGACCCCCUCCAUCUACCCUUCACGUUGAUGCCAACCUCGGUAGCAACUCCCAGUCCCAGCUGGAUCUCGGCGGCGGGGACCGAACCAUCGAGAUCUUGAAGCCCGAGGGCGUCACAAAUCUUGAGCUGGAGACCAGGACGGAAGACAUUUCCAACGAUAAUGAUGACUCCCUGGCCCCGCCGCGGAAGCUGCUCAUUGUGGUGACCCCAACUUACAACCGCGCUCUUCAGGCAUACUACCUCAACCGUCUGGGGCAGACACUCAGGUUGGUUCCCCAACCCUUGCUGUGGAUCGUGGUGGAGAUGGGAUCCGCGUCUAUGGAGACAGCCGAGCUGCUCAGGGGGACGGGAGUCAUGUACCGCCAUCUUGUCUGCGAGAGGAACUCGACCAAAGUCAAGGACAGGGGCGUCCACCAGCGCAACACUGCCCUGCAGCAUAUUGAACGGCAUCACCUGGAUGGGAUUGUCUACUUCGCAGACGAUGACAAUAUCUAUUCUCUGGAGUUGUUUGAGAGCUUGAGGGAGAUCAGGAGGUUUGGCACAUGGCCCGUUGCGAUGCUUGCACAAAGCAAAAACAAAGCUACACUAGAAGGUCCAGUCUGUAAUGGGAGCCAAGUAAUUGGGUGGCAUACAAAUGAGAAAAGCAAGAAACUUCGGAGAUUUCAUGUCGAUAUGUCUGGAUUUGCAUUCAACAGCAGCAUUCUUUGGGAUCCAAAGAGGUGGGGCCGCCCAACUUCAGAUCCCAUCAGACAACUUGACACUGUGAGAGAGGGAUUUCAAGAGACGACAUUUAUUGAACAGGUUGUUGAAGAUGAAGAUCAGAUGGUGGGCUUACCAUAUGACUGCUCAAAGAUCAUGAAUUGGCACAUCCAUUUGGAUGCAAAGGAUCUGAACUAUCCUAACGGAUGGCAAGUCACAACUGACCUUGAUGUUGUGAUUCCUGUUAAGUAGGAUUCAGCAAUGGUGCAGUCCCCUCGGCAGUUGUGGGAGAAGCCUAUUGUGUUUUUGUUGAACUUGUUGAACAGAAAAGGAGCUUGUCAUGGUGGUCACCGUCACCGUCCUCGCUGCUAUAUUUGUCCGCCCCGGAAGUAGUGAAGGAAAGCUGGAUCUUCUUCAUAGGUUUAUUCAAUAUUCUUUUGUACUGGAAGAACUCAUCUUUUAAUCAUAGAUCUUCAUCAGCCUUGUUGUUGUUGUUGUUAUAUGGAAUCAUACAGAAUAGUGUUCACAUUCAUCCGAGAAGGGCAGUGUUCACAUGCAUCACUGGGAUGGUUUUUGUGCCUUUAUGACCUGAUCAAGUUCAUACCAAAGAUUAUUUUGUGUAAAAGCAGUGGUUUCUGGGCAUCAAUUUUGUAUUACAACAAAUGUGUUACUUUGUUAACUCUAUGGCCCAAAGUGUUCCCUUUUUA